CCAGAUGCGGGGGGGUCCCGUACUGUAAUUACAGCCCGACCCAGGUUAUACCCCGUACUGCCCGGUCAGCCUGAGGAUCCUCUGGAUCCAGCCCUUGUUCCACCCCCGUAUCCAACCCAGCACCUGCCAGACUCCUCUGAGGAGGGUAGAAGGGUCCAGAGCCCGCCUCAUACUCGCGGCGGCACUCAGUAUAGUAAAGGUACGGGCCCCCCGGACAGGGCAGAUACAGUGGCCGCCGUUUUACCUCCUCAGGCAGGAGGGGCCAUUUUACCCUUGUGAGAGGCCCCCACCAGCUGGAUGCGCCGCGGGCUCCCCCGCGCUUGAUCUAUGUAUCCUUCUCCACCAGUGAUUUACACAACUGGAAGCACCAGAACCCCCUUUCUCAGAGAAGCCGCAGGGAUUAAUUUCUCUUGUGCCUACUGUAAGGAGAAAGGACACUGGAAAUGGGAUUGCCCAAAGAUAGGAGGCGCCAGUAAGGGCCCCAAGCAUGGCCCGGAGGUCCUCCUCCAGACUCUGGAUCGACGGGGCCAGGGCUCCAUACCCGUUGGCUCCCAGGAGCCCAUGGUCACCUUAACUGUCGAGGGCAAGCAAAUAGACUUCCUGGUCGACACGGGAGCCACUUAUUCCGUCCUAAAGCAGCCCCGAGGGCAAAUUCAGAAGGCAACCACCAAGAUUGUAGGGGCAAUGGGUGAAGCAGAAGCUUACCCAUGGACAACUGCCAGAAUCACGGACUUGGGUCGGGGCACGAUCACUCAUUCCUUCUUAGUUAUCCCAGACUGUCCAUACCCGCUGCUGGGGAGGGACCUGUUGCAGAAGCUCCAAGCCACUAUAACCUUCAAGCAACAAGAAGACCCCGUGGCUGGAGCCAGCAUGGAAGUAACAGUUCCCUUCUCUGAGGAGUACUUGCUGGCUGCGCUCCAGGAAGAGAGGCGAGGGGACGCCAGAGUCUCCGAAGCGCUGCAGUCAAAGAUUUGAAGGAUGCCUUCUUUUGUAUACCCCUGGCUCCUCAGAGCCAGGAGAUUUUUGCCUUUGAAUGGAACAACCCCGAAAAUGGACUAGUAGGGCAGUUCACAUGGACCAGACUGCCCCAGGGGUAUAAAAACUCACCUACAAUUUUUAAUGAGGCCCUCAGCAAAGACCUCCAGGAGUUUCGGAAAUCUCACCCCAUCAUAGUUCUCCUCCAGUAUGUAGAUGACAUUCUAAUAGCAGCUCAAGAACAAGAGGAAUGUGAAACAGCCACCCUAGACCUGCUGUGGGACCUUGAGAGGAUGGGAUACCCGGUCUCCGCCAAGAAAGCCCAAAUCGUGACUCAAGCUGUAAGUUACCUUGGGUACAACUUGCAGGGGGGACAGAAGACUCUGUCCAGUCAAUGGAUCCGGGCGGUUCUGCAAAUUCCAGAGCCGGCCACCAAAAGGCAGGUACGUGAAUUUCUGGGGGCCGUGGGAUACUGCAGGCUGUGGAUAUUAGGCUUUGCAGAACUAGCGAGGCCCUUGCAUGAGCUAACCAGGGGCAAAGAGGACUCAUUCGCAUGGACUGAAAAAGAGAGACAAGCCUUUCAGGCCUUAAAAGAAGCAUUAGUAGCUGCCCCAGCUCUGGCCCUGCCAGAUUUGGCUAAGCCUUUCCAAUUGUUUGUAGCAGAAAAAGAAGGAGUAGUCCUAGGUGUAUUGAGUCAGACACUAGGGCCAUGGAAGAGACCCGUAGCCUAUUUAUCCAAGAAACUUGACCCGGUUGCUUCCGGGUGGCCGGCCUGCCUGAGGGCCAUUGCAGCCACCUCAUUGCUAGUCAAGGAAGCGAGCAAGCUAACUCUGGGACAGGAUAUACAAGUUAUUGGUGAACAUUAUAUAGAACAAGUCCUGCGGUCACCCCCAGACAGGUGGUUGUCAGAUGCGCGGCUGACGCAGUAUCAGGCCCAACUGUUGAAUCCUCCAGCAGUGUAGUUCCUUAAGACAACUGCCUUGAAUCUGGCCACCUUGCUACUGAUUCCAGAUGCUGAGAUUGUUCAUAACUGCACCCAGGUCCUAGACACAGUGACCGGGGCCCGCCCAGACUUGCGAGACCAAGCCUAUGAAAAGGCAGAUCUGACUCUA